AUGGUUCUCUGGUAUAACAACACUCACGUCUACGAUAACAACUUCCAAACUGUGUCUUUUGCGUUUUUCAACCGGUAUCCAAAUCCGUAUGCUUCGCAUGUUCUCUCUAUAGACACUCUUUCUCGAGAACUCAGGGCUAGCGGGGAACUAUGCACAACGAGAUUGAUAAAAAAGACAGGACGGCUGCCACAGUGGGUAAAGCCUUUUUUGGGCAAGAUUUCAGAUUCGUGGAUCAUCGAACGCUCAGAGGUGGACGUCAAAAACCAGGUUCUGCGAACUUACACGCGGAACUUGGACCACACUCGGAUCAUCCAGGUCGAGGAAUUUACCACUUAUAGAUUUGACUCCACGACCGAAAAAACUCAGGCAUCCAGCUCUGUUAAGUUUUCCAGUGGGUUCAAUGCAACCAUCAGAAGCCGCAUCGAGCAGUGGUCUCACGCUAGAUUUGACGAGAACAUUCAGCGAAGCAGGUUGGGAAUGGCAUUUGUAAUGGAAAAGCUAAAGCGGCACCAGACGCUCUAA